AUGGCCCAACUUGAGAAGAAGACAGUCGAGACCAAGCGGUCACUCACUUACACAUAUUAUAUCUCACCCAAGAGCAAGGCCGAUUCCUCCAAGCCAGCGUUGUUCUUCAUCCAUGGCUUCCCAGACAACGCCCGCAUGUGGUCAGAGGUCAUUGACCAGCUCUCGGAUCCACCAUGCCAGAUAAUCGUCCCAGAUUGCCUCGGCUACGCGGGUACUUCCAAGCCCACCGAUGUCUCUAUGUACAAGUGGUCUGGCCAAUGCGUUGACCUUCUGGAAAUCCUGCAGGCGGAGGACAUCAAGAAGGUCAUCAUCAUCGGUCACGACUGGGGGGCCAUGCUGGCCCAGCGCUUCUACAAUCGCCAUCCAGAAAUGGUGUCCGGGGUGAUCUUGUGUAACAUCUCUUAUCGCCCUCCUUCCGGAGAGCAGUUCGACCUUGACGAUUUUAACGCCAUCACCAAGGAGCGCUUUGGAUAUCCCCUUUACCAGUAUUGGUAUUUCUUCACCUCGCCAGACGGCUACCAGAUCAUCGACAAUAACCUUGAAAGAUUCUGGGAAGUGUUGCAUGGCGCUGAGCCUGACUGGAUGAAGAAAAUGUUCGCCGGCAAAGACGCAAUGACGACUUACAUGUCGGGCAACGAGCGGGUGCCUUUGAAGUCUUAUGCAAAGGAGCCAAAAUGGAGGGAUGACUUCAUGCACCGCUUCAGCAAGGAUAGCUUCCAGGGCCCGACAAACUGGUAUAAGGCACAUAGCAGCAAUGUCCAGUGGGAAGACGACAAGAGCAUUCCCAAGGAGAAUCAUGUUGUCAAUGUUCCUUUUUUUCAUUGGGUGCACAGGCGACAGCGUGGGUCGAACUGA